AGGACCCCCAGACAGAGGACGGAGCCCCCGGGUGGGCUCGCUGUGGGGGUAACUGAGAGCCAAGGCCGUCAGAAGGCUAAGUGGUAGCCAGGUUCCCCUGGGGAGAUAAGGGGUCCGUGUCGGCCUGGGGACAAUGGGCUGGGUCCAGCCUGGGCCUCCAGCAACCAUGCUGGAUUCCUGUUCUUUCCAGAUGGACUCUAGGGUCUCUGAGCCCUGGGAGCAGGACCUGACAGAGGCAGGGGCAGAGCAGGAACUGCGGUGGUUGGAGCUGGGCUUCGAGGAGGCCCCAGGAGCUGGGACAGAGGGGCCCAGCGCCCCACAGGCCUGGGGGCGCCUGCUGCAGGCCGUGUGGAAGGGUCACAUGGGCCUGGUGACUCAGCUACUGCGGCAAGGGGCCAGUGUGGAGGAGAGGGAUCGCGCGGGCAGGACCCCGCUGCAUCUGGCCGUGCUGCGCGGCCACGUGCCGCUGGUGCGUCUCCUGCUGCAGCGCGGGGCCCGGGCCGUAGCUGCAGACCGCGUGGGGCGCACGCCGCUGCACGAGGCCGCCUGGCACGGGCCCUCGCGGGUGGCCGAGCUACUCCUACAGCGCGGGGCGUCAGCGAACGUGCGCUGUGGGGCCGGCCUCACGCCACUGCACUGGGCCGCCGCGCUGGGCCGCACGCUGCUGGCCAGGCGCCUGCUGGACGCACCGGGCCCGGGCCCCGCGGCGGCGGACGCACACGGCUGGAUGGCGACGCACUGGGCGGCCGCGGGCGGCCGGCUGCCGGUGCUCGAGCUGCUGGCAGCAGACGGUGGCGCGGGCCUGGACGGCGCCCUGCUCGUGGCGGCCGUGGCCGGGCAGUCGGCAGUGCUGCGCCUCCUCCUGACGCACGGGGCGCGGGUGGACGCCCGGGACGGCACGGGGGCCACGGCGCUGGGUGUCGCUGCCGACCUGGGCCGCCGGCAGGACAUGGAGGUGCUGCUUGAGCACGGGGCCGACUCAAGCCUCAAGGACAGGCAUGGCCGCUCUGCACUCCACAGGGCUGCUGCCGGUGGACAUCUGCUCGCCGUCCAACUGCUGGCCGCCUGGGGAGCAGACGUGGACGCUCGGGACACGUUGGGCCUCACCCCCCUGCACCACGCUGCCCGGGGAGGCCACAUGGAGGUCGCCGGCCACCUCCUGGCCAGGGGCGCGAAGGUUGACGCUGCUGGCUGGCUCCACGUGACCCCCCUGCAUCUUGCCGUGGAACGCGGCCAUGGCUCCACCGCAGAGCUUUUGCUGAGCCGGGGGGCCAGCCCCACCCAGAGGACACAGUGGGGGGAGGUGGCCCAGGAUCUGGGGCCUGCCGUCUAUGGAGAGCAGGAGGUGCCCCAUGGGCCCCAGGGCUGCAGGGCCAGAGCAGGACCAGAGGCUGCAGGCUUCCACGGCCUUCAGGGCGUGCAGGCUCCUCUCUGCUGGUCUGAGGCCGUCUGCCAGGGUGCACAGGAGAACACCCCAGAGGUUCCUGGAGAAGAAGGAAGCAGUGGCUGGAGCCCGAGCAAGAAGCGUGUGGCUGACCUGGAGCCAUUCCAGACUCCCAGGGCCACGUCAGCCCUGUAGCUUCAGCCCUGUGCACGCUCUUUGGCGGAGAGACUGAGUCGUGGCCACAGAACUGACCGAAACCCGAUGGGCUCCUGUUUGUGCGCCCCCCAGCGGGGUGCCAGCCUCUGUGCUCCCCCGGGCACACCGGUGCUCUUACUGUGUUUCCUUAGAUUCAGUAUUUGUCUCUCGGCACCCACUCACUGAUGACAGGGCCAGUUGUCCUCCUCUCCCCUGCUGUCCCGACCCAUGCCCUGAACGGCUGCCUUCUCUCACGUGACCAGCUGACAUCCCCCUGCCCGAAGUCACCCAGGGCCAGGCCUGCCUCUGUGCACCAAGGCCCACUGGAUUAUCAAACAAACCAAUCAGAAGCUGUUUCCCUGCGCUGCCCUGCCUUUCCUGCGGGAACCCCAAUAAAGGCCUGAGCCUUCCCCGGGCCCCUGCUCUUACCACCUGAUCGAAACUGCUGUUUCUGCCUGUGUCCCUGUGGGGCGUGGUGUGCCCUCCCCUCAGGAAAUGUAAGGCAUAAAAAUCUGCUUUCAGGAGCUUCCCUGGUGGUGCAAUGGUUAGGAAUCCGCCUCCCAAUGCAGGGGACACAGCUUUGAGCCCUGGUCCGGGAAGA